AUGUUCAGCCGACUUCGUUCAACGUCUCUUGGUCAUCUAAUCGAGCUUGCAAGUCAGCGUUCUGACUCCAAUGUGACUCCUACUUCCAGUCCAAACCCUCUUGCACCUCAUCCUAACUCCGCUCCGCGUCAACGUCUAACCGAUCCAGUCUUCGCGUCGAUUGCUGAAGGUCGGCCGAACCCACAUCCUAGGCAUUCUCUUGAAGCCCAAUUUCAGAAGCAUCAAGCAUUGGAACGCUCGAAGAGCGCGUUAAGGGAGGCGGUGGAAUCACUGCAGAAGAUUCAUCGUGAUGAUCUAUCACAAAGGAGGGCCAUGCUAGCCACGAUGGCCGCUAUUCUAUCAGAUGGUGUCGAAUGUCGGGAUUGUAUGCGAGAGAAUGGCGGCUUCUUGACCUUGGUGACGGUCUUGGCUAGCUUGAUACAGACAGAUUCUUCUCAAUCCGCGUCAUAUCAGCAAACUCAAAAUCUAGUUUCAGACGAGCAGCUGAUCUGCGAUUCGCCUACACCUCAUAGACUCACGCAUGCUAAGACUUCGUCAAUUGGAAUUGGAGCUCCACCAAGGCGAUCACCUCACUUGAAAGAUUUAUCCUCAAGCACGUCCAGCUCUAUUGCUACGAUUAUCGGAGAACGUGAUGCAGUCGUGGAACUGAUUUUCAAGUGCCUCGCACUCGCCCUUACUGGGAACGUCACCAAUCAGCAGUAUUUUUCCACCGUGAUUGGUUAUCAGUCAGUAUUGGACGCCAUUCGAAUCUCAGAACUGCUACCGCGUGACAUACCGACUAGCUAUGCAAGCCUAGACCAACCCCUCGACAGGGUGAAUCAUCUUAGAAGUGCCUACAAGAUGUUUGAUAUCAUCUUUAGCUUUAUUACUGCCGAUUUUACCUUUAACGAUGUAUUCACAUCGGUGCUAUCGACCGCUUCGACAUCUGGUACGAGGAAUCAAAUGAAUGCAGACGAGAACACUGGAGCCGGAUUUGGUGAUGACACUCCCACCAAGCUCCGAGAGGCGUGGGGACCAGGCAAAACUCCCUUAUACUCGACUCAGCGAGAUCAGGAUGAUAUCAAAUAUCGCAAUAUGUCAUCUGCCCUUUCCCUGCGCAUUUGUCAAACGGAAGUUCCUCCACGAGUCGAGAUUCCGGACGCUAUCCGUCUUUUGUUUGCACUUCAUUCAGAUCUCCUAUUCCCUUUGACCCAGACGUGGUUUUCGGAUUCAGCAUGGGCUCAAGCUGCUUACGAGCUCUACUUUCUCAGUUUGAAAUCCAUAGAAUGUCUUGCCUCCACAUCCCGACAUAGUCAAGUCUCCCUAAAUUCUGCGGAAGUGAUCGCCAUCUUGUUAGAAAGAAUUACUACCCCUAUGUCGAACCUAGCCAGCCCCAUUGCUUCAACCAGCAAGCCUACUGGAAUGCCUCAUGGGCACCAACCUGGCUUGCCUGCGGGUUUGGAGCCAUGGCCAGCAUCUCUCAUCUUGUCCAAUCGGAGUAAAAAUCCAAUCGAUGGAUUGGGUGAAGGAGAGCGUCGCUGCCGAAUGAUCAUCAAAGAAAUCCUCACAAGGUUGCUAGAGAUUGGAUGUUCAACCCGAGAAGCUAGGUUACUCUUUCGACAGAUGGUAGUCUCGUCGGAUACCACCGAAUCAGGCAAUGAAACCCUAGAUGACGAGUACCUAGAGCUUGUAUUAUCAGGAAUGCAAAGUUCGUGUUGGCCACCGUUCAUUCAUUUUGAUCUCUCAAGGUCAGGCAGCUCCAAUGUAUUCCUACAAUCAAUCGGAGAUCAUCCAUUUCCUCCAACCAAUGGAAAAGGGUGGACAUUUGCCGGCUGGAUUCAAGUUGAAUCGUUCGACGCUGCCAGCGGAGAUCCGUUGAAUAUUCUUAUACUUUCUGAUUCCAUCCAUGGUCUUAUUAUACGUGUAGCUCUUUCCAACGCACCACAUUCUCAUCAUCUGACCGUGGAGAUUUAUCCGGAAAACAUUCAUAAUCAGCCCACGACACCUCGGCGCGGGGUUGAAAGCAGAAGCACAUCUUAUUCUCAAUCGCGCCAUAUUUGUGUAAAACCAUAUUUGGUUGAAUUCAAAGAAUUUCUGUUCCGUCCGCAAAGGUUUUAUCACGUGGCUCUCGUUCAAAAACCCAAGGACAAAACGAAUAUGUCUAUGAUUUCACUUUUCAUUGAUGGAGAAAGUGUUGGACAGUAUCCUUGUCCCUGGCCAAGAUCCUCAACUUCUAGCGUAUCUGCAUGCUUUGGUAAUCUUCCGUCCGGUCGGCACCCUGAUAUGGCUACAUCCCUUGGCCAGACUGUAUGUUCCCAGUGUACUACAGGCUCUUCAGGCCUACGCCCUCGAGGGACGAGUACAUCACGCUGGGACCUUGCAGCGAGCUAUCUGUUCAAUCAACACCUGUCAGACGAUAUGAUCUUUGUUCAGUCAACACUGGGGCCAAAGAUAUUUACAACUUGGCAGGACGCUUUGGGUUCCUUUCAAACCUACUCAUCGAGUAUACUCCGUGGACAAGAUCACCCCCCAUCUGAAAGCGAGGGUUCGAAAAAAGUUGGGGAGCAGAUCAAUGACAUGGGUCAAUCAGCUCAAUUUAUCGACUCCGUUGUACCCAGGGAUCGAGAACUUUCGACCCUUGCCCUCUCCCAUCGACGUUAUUUGAAUUUCGCUGAUAGCAUACUGAACGCUGGAAUUCCUAAUAUUCGUGCCAUCGAUCUACCCCUGAAAAAUUCUCAGCAUGACGUAUCCUCUGCAGCAUCGGGUAUCGCUUUGCCAAGCUCACUUUCGCAUGCUUUGUUUCAAAUAUCUGGUGUUACCUUAUGUUCCCCGAAAGGAUUGGACGACUCUAUAUGGAAGGUUUCCGGUUCUAUAUUUUUGGUUAAGCUGAUAUCCUUAUCCUCAACAGAACCACAGCUACUAUCAACAAUCAAGCUGUUCUUCGAAGCAAUCAGUCAUAACUGGAGGUUGAGUGAAGAUGCGGAAAAAAUUCAAGCUUACGAGACGUUAGCAUAUAUACUUCGAAACAAAUCCCAUCUGAUCUCUCAGGAAAUCCAUCGCGUCCUCCUUCUCUUCGCUGGUAUCAUGACUGAAGGGACUCCCACUCCCAAACCUGAAAGCCAAUCUCAACGCCUAUCUCCUACACCCGAGAAUGCAAACCUCGAUGAUGAAACAUCACAGGUUGAUUGUGGACUACAAGAAUCAGUUAUCACCAAUCCCUUGGCAUUUCGUUUCUUAUUAUUGGACUUCGAUCUGUGGUCUCGUACAACAUUGAAUAUACAAGAAAAACAUCUGAAAAGUCUAUCCUACGUGAAUGAAAGGAGCAGAUGGAGUGCGUUUAGUAGUAAAAGGAUCAGUAAAAUGAAUCUGAUUCCGAAAAUGCUACAUGCGCUUAGGACUCGGCAAUUCGCAUUGAAAGCUGAGCGACCUUCUGUGAUGGCUGCUUUUAUCGGCCUGUUGAGUUGCGUGCUCAAAGUGCAGUUCAACACCGAUAGUAUCAGAGGACUAGCUAGCUACUUGACGGCCAGUCUUUCGCCACAAAAGCUGUCGGCCAAUUCAACCGCAGGUACACUCUCGACUUUCUCAUUCAACUCACCUCAAUCGGUUUCGCCGGACUCACCCUUUUUUGACCCGGCCCAACUACAAGACCCUAAAUCCACUUCGUCUGAUGCCCUCCAAGUUCCGCAAGCUUAUAUCAAGCCUAUGUCUACGUCCAUCACGAUUGAAGAACCACUCAUGGUUUUGGAGAUCUUACACAACUUACUUUUGUCAGCCAACGACCAGGAAAGCCGAAGUUACAUUUCACGUUUCUUGAAGGCCAUCAAUGGCUCCAAAUGGGUCUUGAUGUUCUUUCGACGAAAUUCAAAUCCUGAAGUUAUCCUCUACAGUUACCGAAUUCUGAUCAGAUUGAUUCAGACUCAAGAUAUAGUAUGGAUACAGCAGUUCAAGAACGUUCUCUCCGGCUUUGCCAUCUUGAGAUCCAUCUUGACCGAGUUCUCUUUUCGUAACCCCUCAAUCUUGGUCGCAACCCUGAGUUUGAUUGCUCAAGUCGAUAUCCGUACAGUUCCGAAGUUGAAAACUCAAGAUGUUUCACUGGAAGAGAUGACCAGCGUGAUCCAAUCAAUCGAAGGUGUACCGAGCGAGAUCAUCGCCCGUGAAAUGUUACCCGUGGUACUAGCGUUACUCAAACCGGUCUAUGUCGUCAAGCAAGACCUCACUAGUGCUCCUGCUCUCUAUGUUCUUGAGUGGCUGAGGGUACAGUCGCAGAACGACAGGUGGAAUGAGAUCAUCGGUCAUGAAGACAUGGUUCAACUUUGGGGUCCGUAUGUCACUAUGUUGGCAUCUUUGGCAAAUCAAGACAACGUCGUCGUCGAUUUCGAUGAAUAUCAUGGUGAAAUGUCUAGCGCGUCUAAUACGUCUGCUUCAGAUUAUUCAUGUCUUCGGUCGUUUCCCCUUAACAUCACAUCGAUGUCGAGCUCUGACGGGGAUCAAUUCAAUCAAGUGAUCAUAGAUGAGCCUCGAGCACUUGUAGUCAUUGUGGAUGAGCCAGGCAAGAUUUCAUCACCCUCCCUAACUGUCUAUUCGAACAUGCCAACCUCGACAGUGCCCGUAUCCGUACCGCGUCGUCAGAUGACUCGGGCAAACAAACCUCACCUGAAUCCAAAGAUUAUAAUUCCUCAAACUAUCACCAUAAAUGGAGAAGCAAUAUCCUUACCGCCUUCUCCAGACGGUUUGUAUCAGGGCGAUCAAUUUGCUAACAAUCUGCAUGAUAUGGUCCGCGAGUCAAGAUUUCCAAAAAUUCAUACAACGGAUGAUGAAACUGACCCCAGGUCAAUAACAUUAUCUUCGUGGGAGAAUAUCGACCCCGAAGUGGGCAAUCAACUAGGAAGUUUGGCGAAGCAAUUGAUCAUCUAUCAUGUUUUCCAACAUGUUGUGAUUCAUCAGCCAUUGCCACCCUCACAUGACGAUGAGUUUGUAUCAAGCGUGCUGACCGACAAGCGACUAAGGUUGGAUCGACUAGAGCGUUUGCUGAAUCUUGUGGUCACGAGUAAUGGGCUAGAACAACAAAAAGCAGCCUGGAUCACUCCCCUCUUUGAUGAUGUGGUCAGCAUGGCUAUCAGUGAAACAGAUUCUUCAACUUUGCCACUUAAUUGGCUGAUUCCGACUUUAGCUCAUGGAUACAUUGCAGGUUGGCUUCAGCCGACAGGACGGAUUUUGUCGGACUUGAUCACCUUUGUAGUGGAUACAACGAAGUCAGACUCUGUACCCUGGCUUUCGAGUCGGACGCUUCAAGGUGCGGAGAUCUUAUUGGAACAGCUCUCGAGUCACCGAUUGGCGGGUUUGGUCAAGAUUGCUCCGGAGCUUGCUUCGAGACUCGUGUACCUGAUGACACAGUAUAUCUCAGGAUCGACAGAGUUAUGUGCAUUAGCUUGUGACGUCCUGAAAUCAACCUGCGACUGUAUGCCAAUGUGUUUUGAUGAACUGCAGCUGGAUCUCGAUGACUGGGAGAAUGAGAUGCCGAAAUCUGAUCCAGGAUCAGUUGAAAAUUGUAAGGAAACAGGAAGUUUCAAAAUCGAUCAAGAUCCAGGCUCGAUUUUUGUGAAAUUCUUACAAAUGACUGUAGAAGACAUCACAACGAUCGUUCGUAAUCAAGCAUCAAAAAAUCUGGCUGGAAAGCUGGAUUGGAUUCAAUUCGCGACAGAGCUCGAAGUCAAGGGAAAUGUUUAUCAAGCUAAAUCACAAUCCAUAUCAAAUCAGAUGUGGACUGAAUAUCGCAACAAGACGACCAUUGAAUCAAGAAAGCUGGACGCUGCGACUGCCAAGAUGCACACAUGGGCCAAGCGUGUGCGAGAGCUCGAUUCAUCUAGAUACGCAGAUAUUCGCCAAGAUAACCACGAGAUCAAGCAAUACUUGGAAAUUCAAUUGAGCAAACGGAUUUCGGAAUUAUACAGACCGUUUGCAGUGCUAGGUAAAUCAAGCAAUAACACGCCGUCGUAUUGGUUUCUGGAUACGACCGAAGGUCCUAGUCGACAAAGACGGAAACUGCGACGAGUGCCAAUCAAGAUGGACACACAUAUUGUUCAGCAACGCAAAACACGACAUCAUAGGGUAAGAAGUCUAGGCACCUCACGCCGAGAUUCAUAUCAAGACCUUCCCGAUUCUCACAAGCUUGUAGAGACAAUGAUCUCCGAUGUACAAUCACCUAGCAGCCCGACAUCUGCUACAAUGACUGAGCACGAUACUUGGAAUGAGAAUGAUGGUCUGACUGCUAGCCCGCCCGAAGGAUUGAGUUCUCUUGGAUCCACUUCCGCAACUGAAGGUGUUAAAGAACUAUCGGUUGAUUUUGCCGAAGAUCGAUCUCGACGGAUAUUGAAAUCUUUGGAGCCGGGAGAUGUGAUUCAAGCCGUUUGGAAUGUGGAGCAGGUCAUUGGUUUAGAUACCUGUCCGGGUCUUUUCCUCAUUGCUAAGAACAAUAUAUAUAUAAUCGAUGGGUUUAUCCAGACUUCAAAGGGAGAGUUGGUCAACUCUUGGCAAUCAGAGGCCUGGGAAGAGAGAGACCCACAUCUACGAAUGAUGGCAACCUUAUCACGGCAAACAGCCAAGCUUAAUAGUCGGGCUGCGGCUCAUCAAAGCCGGAGAUGGUCUUAUACAGAUAUAGUUGCGCUGUCUUCUCGAAAAUGGUUAUUUCGGGAUAUUUGCAUUGAGUUUGUAUUUGCAGACGGUCGAAGUCGAUUGCUCACAUUUUCAGGGAAUAAACGGGAUGAAGCUAUGAAACGUCUACGGGAUUGUAUAGCCAAAUCAACCGGAUCUGAGCAUUUAUACAAACGGGAGAGUAAUCUGAAGUCGCAAACUGAGUUAUGGCAGUCUGGUCAACUAUCUAAUCAUGGAUAUCUUCUGUAUCUUAACGACGCAGCCGGACGCACUUAUCGAGAUCUAACACAGCAUCCUGUCUUUCCGUGGAUACUAGCUGACUAUCGCAGCGAAACCCUUGACUUGAAGAACCCGACUACGUUUCGCAAAUUGGCUCUUCCAAUGGGAGCUCAAACAGAAGCGCGCAAACGCGAUUUUAUCGAGAGAUAUACUAGCCUAGAAGAGUUUGGAGCAAUCGGUGAUGAUAAGAUGAAGCCUGCUCAUUACAUGACACAUUAUUCUUCAGCUGUGGUGGUCUGCGGGUUUAUGAUCAGACUGCAGCCUUUCUGUGACCACUUCCUUGAGAUACAAGGAUCCUUUGAUCAUGCGGAUCGCACAUUCUGGUCGAUGGAAAGAGCCUGGCUCUCAGCUUCAGAGCAAAGUAGAAGUGACGUACGCGAACUGACCCCGGAAUUUUUCCACUGUCCUGAGUUUCUAAAGAAUAUCAAUAAUUUCAAUCUAGGAUCACGGCAGGAGGGCGGAACUCCCAUUGAUGACGUGGAGCUGCCCCCAUGGGCCCAUCGUGAUCCCCGAUUGUUUGUCGAACUACACCGAGAAGCUUUAGAGUCAGAUUAUGUUAGCGAGAAUCUUCAUCAUUGGAUUGAUUUGAUCUUUGGCUUUAAACAGCGAGGUCAAGCCGCUUUAGAAUCUAUCAAUGUCUUCCAAGAAUGCUCCUAUGAAGGAUCGGUGUCUUUAGACAAUAUCCACGAUGAAAGUGAACGUAGCAGUGUGGUAGGUGCGAUGUGCAACUGGGGCUUAACUCCUAGUCAAAUUUUCUCUGUGCCACACCCUCCUCGUGGAAAACAAGCCAAACAUGCGUUUGACUCGAAAUCGGUAAUCAAUUCAUCAACUUGUUCGGCUCUGGUGCAAUCCAUUGUACCACUACAAUCGAUAGGCCAACCUAUCAGUCAUAUUUACCCUGCACAGAUGUUGGAAAAGACAACUGUGUCAGGGCUACGGUCAUUAUUGGUCCCUCCUAAUGGUAGCCACCGUUUGGACUGGGGCUUCUUAGAUCAGAGCUUGCGGAUCUUUGAUUCGUCGGGUGCCGUGUGUGCAACGUUCGAAGGGAUCACAUCGGAAGAAAUCUCGGCAGCUUGCUUUGCCGAUCAUCGCACACUCGCCACCGCGUCGACUGAUUCUACGAUCUCCUUGUGGAGAUUCACUUGGCGAUUGACCGGACGGCCACAUCUUCAACAAGUUGAAGUUCUACGAGGGCACUCAGCACCGAUCACAUGUCUGGUAACAUCCCGAGUCAUGUCGAUCAUUCUGUCUGGUUGCGCAGAUGGUCUGGCCAUGAUUUGGGAUUUGAAUCGGGCUCUUUUGGUUCGCAGCCUACCUCAUCCAACCCCGGUGACUGUAGCUGCGAUUAGUGACAGUACUGGUGAUAUUGCAACAUGCUCUGAACUGACUGUUCGAAUCUGGAGCGUCAACGGGGAUUUGUUGAGUACGUUGACGGUCUCCCAACACCAUGCCGAUUUCAUUACUGCAUGUGCCUGGUCUACGGCUGAAGUCAAGCCCUUGCUCAUCACUGGUCACCGAAGUGGAAAAAUUAUGAUGUGGCAGAGAAAAAGCGCGCAUGCUGAGAGUUUGUCGAAGCCUUGGAAGAUGGAUCUCAUACAUGUCUUCCAGCAAGAGUCAGGUUGCUCUGUGACUGCUUUGGCUCUGUCGAAUCGGGUCAUGCUUGUCGGAGACGCGCUAGGAAGACUAUUCCCCUGGGCCUUGCCAGGUUCCGCUGUACCAAUCCCUGAUGCGGUCAGUUCAAUCUGUAUGGUAUGCGAUCACAAGUUUGGAAUCUUGGAAGGGCGACGUCGAUGUUUGGCUUGCGCUGCAAUCAUUUGCUCGUCAUGUCAGGAUUGCCUUCCUGGCUCCGUACGCUGUUGUGUGGUUUGUGUUGCCAGACUGACAAACUAUCAAGAACCUAAACAGUGA